AUGGCAGCUCUCACAGACCUCUCCUUUAUGUACCGCUGGUUCAAGAACUGCAACCUGGUCCCCGACCUCUCGGAGAAGUUCGUCUUCAUCACGGGGUGUGACUCCGGCUUCGGGAACCUGCUGGCCAGGCAGCUGGUGGAGCGGGGCAUGCGGGUGCUGGCGGCUUGCUUCUCGGAGGAGGGGGCCCAGAAGCUCCUGCGGGAGACGUCCUACCGGCUGCACACCACGCUCCUGGAUGUCACCAAGACCGAGAGCAUCCGGGCGGCGGCCCAGUGGGUGAGGGACCAAGUGGGCGAGCAAGGCCUCUGGGCCCUGGUGAACAAUGCAGGUGUGGGCCUACCCAGUGGUCCCAACGAGUGGCUGACCAAGGAGGACUUUGUGAAGGUGAUCAAUGUGAACUUGGUGGGGCUGAUUGACGUGACCCUGCACAUGCUGCCCAUGAUCAAGAAGGCCCGGGGCAGAGUGGUCAACAUGUCCAGCUCUGGUGGGCGUGUGGCUGUCAUCGGUGGUGGCUACUGCGUCUCCAAGUUUGGCGUCGAGGCCUUCUCUGACAGCAUCAGGCGUGAGCUCCACUACUUCGGGGUAAAGGUUAGCAUCAUUGAGCCUGGGAACUACCGGACGUCCAUCCUGGGCAAGGAGAAGCUGGAGGCACGCUUGCGAAAGCUGUGGGACAGGCUGCCGCAGGAGACCCGGGACAGCUACGGCGAGGAGUACUUGCACACCUAUACCCAGAAGUUGGAACACAUGAUGCAGCUGGCAGAGCCGAGAUUCAGGGCCGUCACGGACAGCAUGGAGCACGCCAUUGUCUCCCGGAGCCCCCGCAUCCGCUACAACCCCGGCCUGGAUGCCAAGCUCCUCUACCUCCCCCUGGCCAAGCUGCCCACCGCGGUGACGGACUUCAUCCUGAGCCGCUACCUCCCAAGGCCCGCAGACAGUGUCUGA